UGCUGCGGGGAGGCGCUCGCCCCGCGCCGCGCAGCCUGUGCGUGCGGGAACGGCCCCCGCAGCCCAAUCGGACACUGGAGCCAGCGGCAGCGCGCCUCUCGCAGGCGGCGGCGUCCAGCGCCCGGGGCCGGGCUGCGCGGCCAGCCCCGAGGGCUGCGGCGCCAAAGACGCGCGGGGCCCGCGCUCCGCCGCUGCCGCCUGCUGCCGCGAGGUCAUUGGGAUCGUAGCUUGCCAGCCGAUGCCCGCUUUUCCCACUCUGGAUCUGGAUGGGAAGUUGGGGAAGAUGGAUAGGGUCGUGUUGGGGUGGACCGCUGUCUUCUGGUUAACAGCCAUGGUUGAAGGCCUUCAGGUCACAGUGCCUGACAAGAAGAAGGUGGCCAUGCUCUUCCAGCCCACCGUACUUCGAUGCCACUUUUCCACGUCCUCCCACCAGCCUGCGGUGGUUCAAUGGAAGUUCAAAUCCUACUGCCAGGAUCGAAUGGGAGAAUCCUUGGGCAUGUCUUCUCCCCGAGCCCAAGCGCUCAGCAAGAGGAACCUGGAAUGGGACCCCUACUUGGAUUGUUUAGACAGCAGAAGGACCGUCCGAGUGGUAGCUUCCAAACAGGGCUCGACUGUUACCCUGGGAGAUUUCUACAGGGGCAGAGAGAUCACAAUAGUUCACGAUGCAGAUCUUCAGAUUGGAAAGCUCAUGUGGGGAGACAGCGGACUCUACUACUGUAUCAUCACCACCCCAGAUGACCUGGAAGGCAAAAAUGAAGACUCGGUGGAACUGCUGGUGUUGGGCAGGACAGGGCUGCUUGCUGAUCUCUUGCCCAGUUUUGCUGUGGAGAUUAUGCCAGAGUGGGUGUUUGUCGGCCUGGUGAUCCUGGGGAUUUUCCUCUUCUUCGUGCUGGUGGGGAUCUGCUGGUGCCAAUGCUGCCCUCACAGUUGCUGCUGCUAUGUCCGCUGCCCAUGCUGCCCAGAUUCCUGCUGCUGCCCUCAGGCCUUGUAUGAAGCAGGGAAAGCAGCCAAGGCCGGGUACCCUCCCUCUGUCUCCGGUGUCCCCGGCCCCUACUCCAUCCCCUCUGUCCCUUUGGGAGGAGCCCCCUCUUCUGGCAUGCUGAUGGACAAGCCGCAUCCACCUCCCUUGGCACCAAGUGAUUCCACUGGAGGAAGCCACAGUGAUAACAACACCAUCUCGGAACUCAGCUCCCUGCAUGAUGAUGACAGCAAUUUCCGCCAGUCUUACCACCAGAUGCGGAAUAAGCAGUUCCCUAUGUCUGGGGACCUGGAGAGCAAUCCCGACUACUGGUCAGGUGUCAUGGGAGGCAACAGUGGGACCAACAGGGGCCCAGCCUUGGAGUAUAACAAAGAGGACCGUGAGAGCUUCAGGCACAGCCAGCAGCGCUCCAAGUCCGAGAUGCUGUCGCGGAAGAACUUUGCCACGGGCGUGCCGGCUGUGUCGAUGGACGAGCUGGCAGCCUUCGCAGACUCGUACGGCCAGCGGUCGCGGCGCGCCAACGGCAACAGCCACGAGGCGCGGGCGGGGAGCCGCUUCGAGCGCUCAGAGUCGCGGGCCCACGGUGCCUUCUACCAGGACGGCUCGCUGGAUGAGUACUACGGGCGCGGGCGCAGUCGCGAGCCGCCGGGAGACGGGGAGCGCGGCUGGACCUACAGUCCCGCACCCGCACGCCGCCGGCCGCCGGAGGAUGCGCCUCUGCCGCGCCUGGUGAGCCGGACCCCGGGCACCGCGCCCAAGUACGAUCACUCGUACCUGAGCAGCGUGCUGGAGCGCCAGGCGCGGCCGGAGAGCAGCAGCCGCGGGGGCAGUCUGGAGACACCGUCCAAGCUGGGCGCGCAACUAGGCCCGCGCAGCGCAUCCUACUACGCCUGGUCGCCGCCAGCCACCUACAAGGCUGGGGCCAGCGAGGGCGAAGACGAGGACGACGCGGCGGACGAGGACGCGCUGCCACCCUACAGCGAGCUGGAGCUGAGUCGUGGGGAGCUGAGCCGGGGCCCGUCCUACCGUGGGCGUGACCUGUCCUUCCACAGCAACUCUGAGAAGAGGAGGAAAAAGGAGCCCGCCAAGAAACCCGGCGACUUUCCAACCAGGAUGUCCCUUGUAGUCUGAUACUUAUAAGACACCUCUCUGGAUGACUGGAAAUCAGAUGCAGAUUAUGGCGACAAGACCCAAAUCUGAGAGCCAGCAAGCCUAGGACCUUCUCUGGCCAGCAACCACCUUGGAAGCCUUGCUGAUCUCUGUUUUGGCAAGGGAUCCUCCUUUAAGAAGGCUGAUUUCAAAUCUUAGUGCCCAUCUAUCUCGAGCAACUGACCAAGAAAACGCUGUGUGAGAACAUACCACGUAAUAACCCACCAAGUUUAUCUUGCAGCCCCCCAGCCCCCAUUUCCUUAGCAGAAACAAGACUCUGCAUCCAGUUCUAAAGCUGGUAGCUUUGGACCCCCUGAUCUCUAGAAAUUACCUAUGCCUGCAGUAUGUUUUUCUAUGAGUGCUGUUCUGUGCUUAGUCAGAGGAAUUUACUACUACUGUUAGAAGACCGUCUGCUCACAAGAGAGAGAAAUGGUAAAAUGUACCUUGUAUCCCCUUGCUUCCAGUCACUGGUCAAUGAGUCUUGUUAUGCUAAAAUCAGAAGGUCUUUAGUGAGCGUGCUGGCCAUGACCUCCUGGGCAAUCACAGAAAUGGCUUCAAUUUGCUGCUCUGACUCACAAUUCUAAGUGGCUGGGACAAACAGAGGAUGGCAUUUUGAAAAACCGUCUUAAGUGGUCUUUCUUUUUCCAUUCAGAGGACGCAAACUGCUUUUCAUCUUUCUGUUGCACACACUGACGAUCCUAAGGCUCCCCCCCCCCCCCCCCCCGCCUAACCCACACUGGUCCCUCUAUUCCCUCCCUCUCCUGGUCUUUUCAGGGCUGGUGCCUCUGAGGGUGUUCCACUCCAUGCUUCAGUGUGAAUGGCUUGUCAUCAGGUGCCUUUGACAGAUGCUUCAAACACACAUUUGAGAGAGGAGAAAAGCGAAGUCGGUGAUACAGAAUGAACAGGAAAUGAUAUGUAGACUCAUUAUAUUUUGAAUGCAGGUUGUUUCCCCACAAACACACUCAGAUUUUUGUUUUGUUUUGUUGUUUUUGUUUUUGUUUUGGAUUUGUACUUCACUUAAGAAUUAUUUCUACCAUCCUGAUUCUGCUGCUGCUGGGCACCAGGGAGUGUGGUGUCCACAUCUUCUGGCCUCACUGGCCCGCCACUGUACAUGCUUUUGGGGAGAAGAAAGAUAGAAGCCCUUCCUCUUCCUGCCAUUGCAAAAAAAAAAAAAUGCACCUCCACUAUCCUACAUGGUGAGAGAAGAGCCUGGUCACUACCGUCAGUUUCUGUGCCCAUCUUAUCAACUCUAAGCAGACAAGGAAAAACAUCUAGCCACAACCAACAAAAGAACUGCCUAGCUGAGCCGAGCCCAAACUGGAGAUUCCUGCUUGAGAGGAGACAUUCAGUGUUCCUAUGUGUUCAUUUAUCAUCGAGGAUAGACCUCCCAUCAGAGUAUUUGUCUCUGGUCGGUUACUCACCCAACCUUGGGUGUCACACAACCUUCACUUUUGUUAGCAGACUUUUCAGUCUGCAUUAUUGUGGUGAGACACUUGACUGGAUGAAGUGACCGGAGCAAGGAGACGCACACUAUCCCCUAAUCCAGUGGUGGUCCUGCUUCUACUUAUUGAUCUCCACGUAGUCUCUGAUUCACUGGUCAGUAUUUCCAUGGCCACGUGACUGGAAUUCCAGAGUCCAUUCUGUUAGCAUCCAUUGUACUUCAUGAGAUUUCCAGAAAGGGUCUUCUGUGUGUGGUGUAAGAGCUGCUGGGUUACGGUGGCUGUCAGGGGGUAGAAUCAUUACUUGGAGGAGAACUGGCCUGCCAAAGGACUUCACGGUUGCUUUGGCCUGCCCUAGAUGGAUCAGGAGGAUACUUCAGCCCAACACUGGCACUUCCAAGGGCUGGAAGACAAAAGCCAUAACUCUGGUGCUGAGUUUUAGACUUGCUAGUGUCCCUGGCCUCAAAACACCUAGGUCUGUUCUGUCUGUUUGGGCUCUAAAUCAAUAUGGCAAAAACAUCAUUUCUUAGUCACCAGCUUUUGAUUUCAACUUGCUCAGGCACUUUGAAGAAUAUUUGAUAGCCGCAGUAGCUAUUGUUAUACGGAGCACUGUGUCAGGCUUCUAACCACCAAAGAGCCCCAUAGCACAGGCUACAGAGACCAAAUAUAUUGCUUUGUAGAGCCAGGGGCAUGUAUGAGCUUGGGGAAAGCUGAGGGAGCAAUGAGUUAAAGAAAAAUGUUAAAAUUGGAAACAAAGUUCUAAAUACAACAAGUCUAUAGGCUGACAAAUUUUAAAAAAUCAAUGUACAGAAGAUAACAGGUUUUCAAUAUAACGGAGGAAAGUGGAGCACAGAUUGUUCUUUGUAGGGCUGUAUGAGUUACGUGGGCUAACAGACCUUCAGUGGAGAGGAAAGGCAGUUGCUUCUGGGUCCGUGGAUAGGAGAUGGUCUGAAUGGACAAGGCUAAGCUGGCUGUCCUUGGUGCCCUCGACAUUUCUUUACACACCCCUUUGUUUCUUCUCCAAAUACUGUGUCCUGCACAGGAAGUGCCUAUGCGUAUUAGUUCCUUUCCUGUUUUUCUAGGGCAUAAGGAAAGUGUCAUAUAAGAGGCGAUCUCCAUCCACUGAUCCCCUACAAUUUAGGAAGGAAGAUAAGUCAUGCCCAAGAAAGGAUGAGUAUAUUUUGUGCAUAUGAUAAGAAAUAGUGCUAUGGAUAAAUUAUAAUAAACCCAGAGAUUUAAAGUUUUCUUUAAAAGCAAAAACCUUAAAUGGGAAUAUUUUGAUAUUUAAGUGUUGUGUGUUUGUCCAUCCAUCCCAUUUUUAGGACAUGCUCAGUGAUCUGCAAAGCCAGGCUGUAGAAGUCUGAGCUGAAAGGAGGUGAAAGAGAAGAGAGAGAGGAAUGAGUGGCCUCAGGGAGGGGGGAAGAGAGUAGAGGCCUGCUGCAGGGGCUUCUGUCUCUGCCUGUGACUCACAGCUGAGUCAGGGACAAGCUGGAGGAGGGAGUGUGGAAGCAGGAGAGGUCCCCUGGUGCUCAGAGCUCUUCUCUAGGCCAUGUAUAGACUCAUUAGGAGACUCAAAACUGUAUUCAGUUCUUCCAUCCAAGCAAGCCCAGGGGAGCUCAAGAUCUAGUCCUCCUGGCACUUGCAUCUACAGCUUGGGGUGCAGUAGCACCUCACAUGGGUUUAGAACCUCACCUUCUCAUGAUCUUCACUCUGCAUGUGGUGUAGGGGUGGGCACCCCAGGGUGAGAAGGGGCUGGCCCUACAUGUAAUAAUCUGGUCAGAUCUGAAGUAGUCUUUGAGAAGAGUGGAGUAAAAGACACAGCUUUGACUCAUCCACUCUCCAUCCAUUUUUAAAUAGAUGGGUAAGCCAUCAUCCACAUUUAUGGAGUCACAAACCUGUCAUAUCUUUAGAUUUCCAAUUUAUAGGCCUUUCCUGCUGGAUCUGUGUUUUACAAAAUUGCCUGGUCAUAAGAAUUACUUGCCUAGGGAAUGGAGAGAGAUGGCUCAGCAGUCAAAACCACUGCUUUAGCGGAGGACCUGAGUUUGGGUCCCAGCACUCUCCUGAUGCUCACAGCUGUCUGUAACUUCAAUUCCAGGUACCCACAGAUCUCGUAGAGCAUCUGGGAGCACUAAACUCACAUGGUACACAUAUAUACCGUCAAAAACUCAGACAUACAAAAUAAAAAUAAAUGCAUUGUUAAAAACUGAAAAAGAAAGGGGCUGGAGAGAUGGCUAUGUGAUUACAUGUGCUGGCUGCUCUUCCAGAGGACCUACAUUCAUUUUCCAGUACAUGGAGACUCCCAGCUCCAGUUCUAGGGGAUCUGAUACCCUCUUCUGGCCUCUGCAGGUACUGCGCAUACACACACACACACACACACACACACACACACACACGAAGGCAAAAUACACACCUAACAAAGAAAUAAAGCAUUUAAAAACACUUGGUGGGACUGGGGAUGUGGCUCAGUUGGUAGAGCGCUUGAUUAGCAUGCACAAAGCCCUGGUUCAAUCCCUAGCUCUAUAAACUAGGGGUAGUAGCACAUGCCUGUGAUCCCAACAUCUGGGAGAGUUAGAAGUUCAAGGUCAUCCUUGGCCACAUAAUGAGUACAAGGCUAACCUGGGCUGUAUGAUACUCUACCUUAAAGAACCAAACAGUGAAAAUAACAAUUAAAAAACACAUGGAUUACUGACUGCCACUGUCACAAAUGCUGUUGGGCUUUGCCUUGGAGAAUGGAUGGGUGGCUCUGGAGUAAGGAUUCAUACUCUGAACAUAUCCUUUCAGAGAGCCUUGUGGUAGAUGCAUUUGGGUGGUGCUACACUGGAUUGUACCUCUGCUGCACCCCUAUCUGCUGACCAUGAAUAUUGUUUGUGCUGUGGAUUAUUUCAUUCCAAUGUCACUGUGAGGUUCCUCUAACUCCCUUGGGGUUGGCACUGGUGUGGCACCCAGCAGUCCCAGCUAUGACAUUGGAGACUGGCUCACCAGAGUCCAGCUGAAAGGAAACAUUUAAAGGGAGGGGAUUGAAGGACCUUUCCCGGGAGACUUCUUGACAUGUUCCAACUCCCAGAAUAGUGAUGUGUUGUGACAGGCUGAGAUCAGACAACAGAAAUUACAGGCAAUUUUCUUAUUCCCUUACCAUCUUGAAUAAAACUUAGCUCAUGAACAGAAAAAAAGCCAUCAGAGAAAAUGGCAAACGUAAAUCAUUUUUAAAGGGUACAAAUUAACAGCUUUGCUAAUAACAUAACUUUCAUGCUAGGACCAAAAGUGGGUGGAGAAAAAAAUAGUAAAAUAUAUAUUACCCAUUCCAAAAACUGAUGUAGUUGCAGCCAGAAUCUUAUGGAAGUUUAGAAGUGAUGUAUAGAGUACAGGAAUCACCCAUGAAAAUUCUAAGGUCUUAGCAAGCAAAAGGUUCUCUGCCAGGACCCUACCUCCUAGUCACUUGGGAUGACCCGUGAAGCUCAAAGGCCCUAGUAGCAUCAAAGGUGAGUAAGAAGAAGCCGAGAUGCUUUAAGCAACAGCGUGAGGUUAACAUCAACGGGGCACAUUUGUUCUUCACAGCAAGCCCUGUGUUUUCCCAUCUUACCCAAUGUGGAGCUGGGGCUGAAAGUGUGCCAAGUGAUCACCUAUUGCCAAAUAGCUUUUAGUCUUUAGAUGGCCUUCUGACUGUCCAGGUCCUAAGCCUGCAGUAACCACAGGCCCAGCCUCUAGUGUGUUCUCUUCACAAGCUGAUGGACAGUAGGGAGAGCCCUGUCUCGAUAUUCACUCACACAUCACUGGUGAGGAGAAGCUAUGAAGGCAGGCAUUUGCCACUUCAUCUAUCCACAUGAGGUUCCUUGAAGUCUGCCCUGAGAGGGAGGUGCCUCUGCUGGGGGGAUCUUCAUCAACAGCAUCAAGCUAUGAGGGGAAAAGUUUUGACAAAAGGGUUGCCACUUUCCACAUUCUUCUCAAAGAGGAAUUUCUAAGCCAAGCUACAGAUUCAUCCAGGCUCAGAAUUCCAUAGCUGUGGGCAGGAGCUGUCAUCUUCACUAUAUUUUGAGAUACAUUUUUUUUUUUUAGGUAGAACUUGAGAUCCAGAUCUAGAGGAGGAUAAAGAAGAUGAGAAGGAUAAAGUUGUGGCAGUUGAGCUAAGAGUCAUGUUUGAGGUUUUGGUGGGUCUGACUGGACAGGGGUAAAUGAGGUCUGCCUCCUUUCAUCUAAACGGUUGGGAAAGAUACCCAUGGCUUCUCCCUUGCCGUAUUUAUUAACAAAGAUGUUAGACACUACCCUGUGAGAAAUUUCCUUGUGAAAAUAAAGACCAUGCCAUCAAAAUAGUGGGGUGCAAAGUUGCCUGCUUCAUGAGAGUCACCUGCCCAGUUGUUUUUGUGCCUUGUCUGUGACAUCAAAACUGAAACAUUUAUAUCACUGUCACUCAUGAUUUUUUUCCUGUGUCAGACAUACAAAGUGCAUUUGAUUGUAAUGUUUUAAAGUAAAUAAAGCAUUUCAUCU